CUCAAACUACAUUGUUCAAACGCUUAUCAACGAACUUGAGAGAAUGACUGCAUCAGCUCCAGGCGGCCACACCAGGCGCCUUUUUCACAACCCUAUACUGCUCAUUAACUGUGUAGUUUGCUCGAUCGCCUUUUUUUGCUACGGCUACGAUGGCUCCGUCAUAUCCGGUGUACUCGAGAAUCCACCAUUCCAGCGAACUAUGACCAGUUCUGGCAGUCUGAGUGCUGGCCAGCUCUCAGUGAUUACAUCUGUGCCGGUAGUUGGCGUUAUCCUUGGUCUUCCUCCAUUAGUGUUCUUUGCCGACCGUUUUGGCCGCCCCAAAAUAAUGCUUGUUUCCUGUGUCAUCGUCGCGGUUGGAAGUGCAGUUCAAACAGCAGGAUUCAACAUUCCCACUAUGGUCGUCGGGCGAGCAAUUGCCUAUGCCGGUAUAUACACUCUUCUUGUUCUAUCCCCGGUCUUGUUAGCCGAACUUUCGCCCCCCGAGAUACGAGGGAGAGUUGUUUCCUUGUCCAUUGUUCUUAUCAAUGUGGCCUCAGUCGUCUCUGCUGGGGUCAAUUGGGCAUACAGCACCACACCAUCAGACGUCGCUUUUCGCGUUCCACUUGGGUUGCAAUGCGUCUUCCCGGUACUUAUUGGUCUCGGACUUUAUUUUGUUCAUGAGUCCCCGACGUUCCAUCUCAUCAACAGUCAAAAUGAUAAGGCCCUAUGCAGCUUACGCAGGCUCAGAAAACCGUUUAGCGGGACCGAAAUCCAAACGGAAUUUGAGAUGUUGCAAAUGCAAUCCAGCCUCGCUAAGCAGGAUGCGGAGAUUCCCUGGAAAGAGUUGUUUAAAGGGACCAACCUCAGAAGGACACUACUCUCUUUAUCGAUUCCGAAUUUCCAGAUGCUGUCCGGGAAUCUGUUUGCUACCAACUACGCUACGGUAUUCUUAUCUCAAAUCAACUCUUCCACUGACCCGUUUUUACUGGUACUUGCUCUCAACAUUCUCGCUCUCGGUGGUGCUGUAACCGGCCUUUUCCUUGUGGACCUCGUUGGUCGUCGAACUCUUGCACUUACCACCUUCGUUGUUUUAUUUCUAAUCAACCUAUCCGUCGGGGUCUUGGGAUUAUAUAAUAACGGUACUAACGAGCAGAUAUCAAAAGCUAUCGCAGCCUUCUGCCUGAUGUUCGGGUUUUUCUUUGGGUCUGGGUUUGGUCCACUCGCCUACGUUGUCCCGUCGGAGUUCCCGACAGCUCGACUGAGAAACAAGUGUACAGCUCUUACGUUCAUGACCGUUGCUGUUUUCUCUUUGGUGGUGGCUCUCGUUUUGCCAUAUAUUUCCCAGCCAGACAGUGGUAACCUAGGUGCCAAGACAUACUUGCUCUUUGCUGGCUGGAUGCUCAUGUGCAUUAUCGUUACAUUCUUCUGGUUCCCAGAGGUUAAGGGUCGCUCUCCUGCUGAGAUUGACCAUAUGUUCGAGGCCAAAGUCCCUGCGAGGAAAUUCAAGACUUAUGUGUGUCCCAUAGAGGCGGCGACUACGGCUUCGCUAGAGAAAGACGAGAAAGAGGAGAAAGAGGGGACCGGCGUCUCUCACAUGGAUUAUGCUUAGUUGUGGAUUGGGAGGCCUGGGACUCUGAGCAGACUUGAUCUAGUUAGGAAUGUUAAUCUAGACUCUGCCUCUAAUUGGGUGCUUGUACGGACCAAAGAGCAGCCCACAAAUACAUUAUCAUACGGAUAGGUUUCUGUCAAAAGGUCAUCCUUAAGAUCUUUGGUGCCUG